UUGUUGAUAUGAUAUAUACACACACUUACCAUUAUUAAUUAAUGAUUCACUAAUAAUUAGUUAGCUACAAAAGAAAGACAGACAAUAUGGGAGUACUGAGGGCAAUUCCAGUUCCUCCUGUAUCUGUACAUUCUUCAAAAAAUCAAAAUCAAAAUCAAAAUCAAAAUGGCCUCCGGACAGCUCAGUAUGUUUGUUCUAGGCCGAUGUCGGUAAAGUGCGCGAAGAAGGAGGCCGCUGAUGAGGAGCCUAAGCAGAAGAGGAAGCAGUCGUUCUUGGAGAGUGUGACAGAGGCUCUUGAUUUCUCGCAGGUUCGAUCCGAUAGGGAUGCUGAGCUCCUCGACGACGCCCGCCAAGCCACCACCUCUGGAGAAAGAAUGUCGAGGGAGCAGUAUGGAGCGCUGAGGAGGAAGAUUGGGGGCACAUACAAGGAUUUCUUCAAGUCAUAUGUUGAGGUGGAGGGAGAGUACGUGGAAGAAGGAUGGGUGGACAAGACAUGCAAAAUAUGCAAAAAGGAUACAAGAGGAGAGGCAAGACAAGUCGAUAAAUUGGGGAGAUACGCUCAUGUUGCAUGCUUGCAGUCCAACAACAAUGCUUCUCCCAACUUCUUCACAAAGUUUUUCAAAUAAUUUAUACUAUUAAUUUCAUACACUCCUUCUUAAUUUAUAUAUAUAUAAAUGUCUAAUAGUCAAAUUCAUUAUGUUAUUCUUAUACUAUUUUAUUUUGAUUUUGUGACUUACAAAAAUUUCUCAUUGUGGUCAUGUCAUUCAAACACUGUGUUUGUUUGGGGGAUUGGAUUGGAUUUACAUUAUUCAUCCAA